CGUUAUUCGCUUGGCGCUGCAAAUUAAACGAUUUUGUUUCGCUGAGUUUCUCUUUUAGGAUCCAUGGAUUUUAGAGAUGGAGCUCACAAGUUUUCUUGGUGUAUUGUUACUAUUGGAGAUCUCUGGCUUCGACUGCUAUGGUACUUUCUGCAAAUAAUUGUCAGCGCAUGGUAUUCCAUAGUAGUCGUGGGUAAUUUGUUGGAGAGCUACUUCAUCUCUCUUGGAGUACUGGAAAAACACAAGUCUCUUCAUCCAGAAAAGGUUCAGUACCUUGCCAUUGUCAUAGAAAGUGAAGAAGCUUGUCAGAUUUCUGAACUUGUUAAACUGUUGAAGUGGAUGGACUCUAUUGGUGUGAAGAAUGUGUGCCUCUAUGACAUGAAUGGAGUAUUGAAGAAGUCUAAGGAAACCAUACUUCAAAAUUUGAAGAAUGCAAAAUCCAUUCAGGAAGUUAGUCAAGUUGUUACACGCCAUGCUCAUGAUCACAUGACUCUGGAGUUUCUUUCUUAUGUGGAUGGGAAGGAGGCAGUGGCGAAAGCAGCUAACUUGGUUUUUGUGGAGAACUUGAAACAGCAUUACUUGGAUGAAGAACUAGAUGCUCAAAAAUCAUUAGAAACUCAAUUGAAUGAAGCAUUGCAAAUUGUAGGUAUGUUUGCUUUCUAGACCUAAUAAUAGUUUAAGAGUUGAAUGCCUUGUUCAGAAAAGUAGCUAUCAAUAUGAUCAGGUAGCAAAGGCCCUGAGCCUGACCUUUUACUGGUUUAUGGACCUGUGAGGAGCCAUCUUGGUUUUCCUGCAUGGAGACUUCGCUACACAGAGAUCGUACACAUGGGAUCAUUGAAAUUCAUGACAUAUGGUUCCUUAAUCAAAGCCAUUUAUAACUUCACGAGAGUGCACCAAAAUUAUGGUAAGUAGAGAUGGAUUUUACUGCACAAGCACCACAAAGAUAUCUUUGUGGAAAAAGUGCUUUCUCAUCCUGCUGCAGAGAUACCAUUGCAAGUCAUGGCGAGUAAAGAAAGGUCUGAGCAAAAACUAAGGUGUAUUUUAAUUUGAUGCCACCACGCUGUUAUGGUGGAUAUAAAUUCCUCACAGGUAUAUCAAAACCAUUAACAUAAUGUAAGUGAAGUGGAUUAUUUAUUUAUUGGAUACGCAUUGCGUUUGAUGAGAGUUAUAUACAAAACCAGAUUUUGUC